AGUGGUGGUGGCAGCCCUGGAAUGGUGUUCGGCCGCAAGACAAAAGUUGACACCCGCGAGCUGUUGGCCAGCCAAGACCAGAUGGAAACAUCCUUCAAUGGCAAAACAGCUGAUAACGAGGCGUUCCUACAUGUGAGGGACAACAUGGAUGGUCUGGACGCCAACGAAACGGACCUGCUGUUCCUGCGCCAGCUGCUGGACAACACCGUGCUGAGAAACCUAGUGCAGGUUCAAGACCAAUUAGAAGUGCCUCAAAAACUUGCGCCUGACCCUGUAGUAGCUGAGAGUGUAAGUUUAGUUAGUGAAUUACAACAGUCGUGCCAAACUUCACCAAGUCAUGAAGCUAAAGAAUUGAAUAGGAUAUUUCAUAAACCUCAUUUUAAGGCCUUAUUAGAGACUCACGAUAGGAUAGCAGAAAAGAAAAUUAGUAAACGUCAACUAGAAACUAAGCCAAAAAUCUCUGAACUGAGUACAAACGGGAAGUCAGAAAUGAAUACUCAACCGAUUAGGAUAGUUGGGUUGAGAAAAGUACCAAAAGAGCCAUUGGGGUUCACAGUGCAGGUAGAUGAGAAUGGUAACCUGAUCGUAGCCAGAGUGUUGGCUGGGGGAGUGAUAGAACGACAAGGGCUACUACACCCCGGAGAUGUGAUAUUGGAGGUGAACAAUGUUGCCGUCACCUCGCCCGACGAACUUCAGUUUGAGGUUAUGAAGGCUAAGGAGAAUGUUACACUCAGGAUAGCUCCAAAUCCUGAGAACGCCAAGUCACUGAAAACCCAUCAGUGCUACAUGAGAGCUUUGUUUGAUUAUGAUCCGAAAGAAGACACAUUACUACCUUGUCGUGAAAUCGGACUGGCCUUCCAACAUGGAGACAUUCUACAAAUCAUGAAUACGAAAGACCCCAACUGGUGGCAAGCCAAGAAGGUGGGACAGGACGGACCCGCAGGACUGGUGCCUUCACAGGAACUGGAAGAGCGGAGGAAAGCUUUUGUCAAACCAGAGGCGGACUUUGUACACAAGAUCAGCAUUUGCGGAACUAGAAUUUCAAAAAAGAAACGCAAGCAGAUGUACGAGUCUAAAAUGAACAGUGAGUUUGACAAGGCAGAGCUGUUGCUGUAUGAGGAGGUGACAAGGAUGCCGCCAUUCAAGCGGCGAACGCUGGCGCUCGUCGGCACACACGGCGUCGGUCGGCGCACACUCAAGAAUAGACUGAUCAACAGCGACCCGGACAAGUUUGCUGCUGUCAUUCCAAUGACAUCUCGGCCGCAGAGAGAGUUGGAGGAGAACGGAGAGAACUAUUGGUUCAGCGACCGGGAGAGCAUGGAGAGGGAUAUUCGGGAACACAAGUUCCUGGAGUAUGGCGAGCACAACGGACAUCUGUACGGGACCUCUCUGGAUACCAUCCGGGAUGUCAUACGUCAGGGGAAGAUGUGUAUCCUGGAUUGUAGCCCUGCGGCUCUCAAGAUGCUCCACAACUCGUCUGAGUUUAUGCCUUUCGUCAUCUUCAUUGCAGCUCCUGGGAUGGAGUUGCUGAAGCAGUUGUACAAUUUCAACCGAUCGACCGGAACAUCAUCUCGUAAUUUGACUUUUGACAGACAAAGCUCCAUCCGCUACAGUUCAAGAAGAGCUCGAACACUGGAAUCACUUGCAUCACUGUAUGAGGAAGACGAUUUGCGUCGAACUGUAGAAGAGAGCUGCAGUUUACAGAGGGCCUACGAGAAGUACAUUGACUUGGUGAUCGUCAAUGAGGACUUUGACCAGACUUUCCGAGAAGUGGUUGAAACCCUGGACAAUCUCAGCACCGAACACCAAUGGGUUCCUGUGAAUUGGGUUUACUGAACAGUUUGAAUCUUGUCCAGGACCGUGUAUGGAGCAGUGAAAAGGUUGGACUACCUAUCCAAGGAGUAGCAUGUUCAAGAUUUUUCCGCGAUUGCCAAAAACGAUGUUAAUGUUCCCUAUAUUUAGCCACAAUUGCAGAAAGAGAUGACAAUGUUUGUGUGACCGUGGUGGAAAAAUAACUUUUUCGCUAACUUUAUGGGAGACGGUGAUGAUACGACCAAAAGAAAAUGGUCACGAUAUUACUGCAAUAGCAUUGUAACUGUUAGGCGAUGGCACGGUCGGAUUAAAUGAGGAAUCAAGACUAGCCAAUAUCGGACUAGCAGGGUUUUACUGUAUUAUGAACUUAAUUUUUACUGUUAAAUUGAAUUUCACAUGUAAGUGAUUAUGGAAAAGAAUUUGUGGUAACUGGCCUUCAUACAUUUUUUUAGUCACAAAUGAGUAAAAAAAUAGACUUCAUAUGAUUUUUUUUUUUCAAGGAGUUAUUACUGAAUACAGUUCUAAAUAAAAGUGUGAUGUGUCAAACUAAAUUAUAAGGAUAACGCCCUCUGUUUAAAUUACUUCUUUAUAAGCAAUGCAGUAUUUAAUUGAUGGCAAAUCUAAGUGGGUACAAGUUUAACAAAUAUUUCCACAAAUUAAUAAAAUGUGUACUCUUGUAAUCUCUAACAUACAAAAUCUAGUUUAAAGUUGAAAAAUCAUGUUUUAUAAAAAUGCAGUCAAAAUAACAUUGUAGUUCAGUAUACUAUAAAAUAUUCACAUAUUUUAGCUCGGCUAUGAUUCUUUGCCUGUCGCUUAUGUUGUUUGAGUGUCUCACACAUAUUUUGUUAGUUGGUAUUUGUGUGAUAUUCAAAACCGGUUUGUGCUGGGUGAAUUGUGUUCGGUUUUUAAAAGUUUUAAUGUUAUUUAUGCUUUUCAAUAGUCUAAUAAAAAUUACCUUGAAUUCACAUUUUUACCAAUUUUUUUUCCGUUUCUUCUGACCAUUUAGCUCUGGCUUUCCAUUUAAGAAUUUUCUUGAAAAUAUGUUUAUCACACAAUGCCUUCUAUUUAUUAUUCUAAGCAACGUAAAUGUUAAAAUUACAAGCUUUUCAAAGCUGUUACAUGUUAUAUUUAUCACGUUAAAUCACAGACUCUAACAUCAUAAAUGGUAUUAUGUGGUCGGAUUAGGUAAAAAUAUUGUGUUUAUACUUUUGUAUAAAUUUUAAGUAUGUGUGUUCAGGUAGCUAUUCAGUAAAUUUUAUUUGUAUUUUUCUCAUGUUAGCAUUGUUUAGCAAAUGUAUUGUUAAGUUUUAGUCUAGAAUGCUAUAUGUAUAUUUAUUGCAGCAUUUUGAUAAAUGCUACUUUUUCGCACAUUUUCAGUUAAUAAUGUACUGUAAUAUUUAUGUAUGUAAGUAUUGAUUUAUAAUACAAAUACAAUAUUUGUUAAGUUGACUUUAAUGAGAAUGUGUGUAAAGGUUUGAUUAGUCUUUUUUGAAAGCUAUUUUUGGAGAAUUAAUAGGUCAUCUGUAAAAGAGUCACAGUGCACUUGUUAUUAAUAUUGAUAGUUUUUAGAAAAUAGAUGCUUUUCCAACUUAAUCGGUUUUUGUUUGUUCAGUUCUGUAAACAAAUUUAUUAAUUUCAUCAUUAUCAUUGACUUUCAACUUUAACAAAUAGUUACUAUGUUGUUUGAUUAUUAUUAGGCGCUUUUUCUUCCGUCCUUUAUGAGUGCUUAUUUUUGUUUUAUUUAUAGUAGUUUUCUUUUUUGCUUAAAUAUACUUUAUAUUAAGAAUGUAACAUUGAGCACAGGAACCUAAGCUUUUAGAAUUUUAGUGAGGAUGGCAGGCUUACUUGAAUGAGAAAGAGUCCAAACUGGCACAAGAGCAAAAAACUUUAUAUCAAAACAAGAUUAUUACACUGUCACUGACAGCAUUAAUUUUCAACAUGGGAAGAGAGAGCUGCAGGCCUUUAGACCCUUUAAGUAAGAGAGCUUUAGGCCCCAUUCAAGUAAGCCUUCCUUAUUUAAGAUAUUUCAAAUCAAGUUAAUGAAUUGAGAAGCUAUUUUACUGUACUGUACAUAAAUUAUGUUUUUUUUAUUGUUAUAGUAUGCCCUUGUCAACAUGUUAGUGCUGGCUCAUUUAUAUCGUACUAUACCAAUGUUUUUAAUAUAAUGUUAACAUUAUGGAAAUAAAGGUCAUUAAAUGUUGCCUGUUUAAAAUGACGUGGUAAAUUGCUAGAUUUUUUAGAAGGAUGAAAACUAUCAACUAAUUACAGGAACAUAUCAGAUUAUUUACUUUUCCUUUUUGUAUGGUAAAAUGUUAAUUUAAAGUUUUUAACUAUUCAUACAUUUCUUUUCAACCUCUCAAAGUAGAUACGUUUUCUUUUUGAUAAGUAGGCCUACCAUACACUUAAACACUGUAGAUAUAUCAUUAGUGUAUAGUAUUACAUUGUGUUAGAUUUUUCAAGAUAACACUGUUUUAUAAAGAAAAAAUAAAACUCUUUCAAAAUGUAAAAUACCUAUUGUUCACGAGCUUUUGGACUUUGUGUAACGUAUUGUUAUUAACUAUUUUUAUGUACCUUAGAAUUAGAAACUUAGUAUUAUAGUUUUUACAGAUUUACUCCGUCCAAAUGAGUCUCUUUUUACACAGAGAAUCAGCUUAUAUUUUUAAAAUGUAUUGUAACAAUUUUAUUUAUUGUUUUAUAUUUUUAAUAAAGCACUUGAUCACAA